GCCAUGUCCAUCGACCUGAACAAGCUCGAAAGUCACCUCGCGACCAGGUCCUACGUUGAAGGCUACACUCCGUCUCAGGCGGACGUUCACGUCUUCAAGGCCCUCGGAUCCGCACCCGAUGCCUCCACCAACCCGCACGUAGCGAGGUGGUACACCCACAUCAAAUCAUACGAGGCGGAGUUCGACUCCCUCUCCGGCUCAAGCACCGCUGGCGAGGCUUUCACCGCCACCGCUGGCUCUGCCGCUUCCGCUCCCGCCGCCGCUGAGGAGGAGGAGGAGGAGAUUGACCUCUUCGGUGAGGACGAUGAGGAAGAUGCAGAGGCUGAGCGCAUCAAGGCUGAGCGUGUCGCGGCUUACAACGCCAAGAAGGCCAACAAGCCCAAGACCAUCGCCAAGUCGCUCGUCACCCUCGAGGUUAAGCCCUGGGACGAUGAGACCGACAUGAAGGCUCUUGAGGAGUCCGUACGUUCCAUCGAGAUGCCAGGUCUCGUCUGGGGUGCCAGCACGCUCGUCGCUGUUGGCUACGGUGUCAGCAAGUUGCAGAUCACCUUGGUCGUCGAGGACGAGCUCGUGUCCCUGGAAGAUCUACAGGACAAAAUUGCCGAGUUUGAGGACUACGUCCAGAGCUCGGACAUUGCUGCCAUGCAGAAGCUCUGAUUUGCCUUGAGUAUCGUGGGGUCUUGGUUGUAGGACGAAUAGCUAGAAAAGGGAGUCAAAAUGUUGUGUGUAUCAAUGCAUCGCGAUGUCUGUCGCGUCCCAGUGACCUGC